AUGCGAAGGUCCACCGGUAUCUAUGGUGAUGGAGCAAUUGGCGUUGAAGCAGGCGAGCUUGAAGGCUACACAAAUGCUGAUCUAAUUCACGUGGGCCCUGGAGACGAGGCGCCAAGAGCACGCCCAGGAUGCGAGGAUGAGAGAGGGCACUUUGGGCGAGACCCCAUGGGCGCCGCUGAUCGUGAGGCACCAUGGGCACCGCUGGAGGGACGUGCCUAUCAUGGAGAGAGCGCCGAAGAUGAGGCACAAAUUAGGGAGGCCGAGGCGCUAGGGGUCGACGUCAAGGGCGAUGGGGCUGAUGGCGAGGCGCCAGGGUCGUCGAGGGAUGGUGGCUCUGUUGACCAUGGUAGAAGGGUGAUGCUAGAUGACAAACACUGGCAGUGGAGCCCACAAUUGGGUUCGCCAGAUAUUUGGUAUGGCCAGGUACUCGUGCUAGUGGCAUUGCGAAACACUAGGCACAACCAGGCGAUCAUGCGAGCGACAGUGUUUGGGCUAGGGCACAAGUGGGUGAUGUUAGAUGUGGACCUGUUGACGUUGGGCGAGCUAGGCUUGGCAACAGUGGUUGGGCACGAAGCUAGGAAGUUUGGGUCCGAGGUCAUGAAGUAG